CCCUUCUUCUCUUAAACCCAUUUUUUUUUUUCCUUUUUGUGUACAUGAAACUUAGAUCAGGAUAGUUAAUAAAUAUGGUGAGCACGAUACGUCAAAGAACAAACGAACUCAAGAUCGAUCUGUCAUCGACAGAAAUUGUUUUGCUUGGUAAUGCUUCCGAGUCAGCUGCUAAAUUGCUAAGAGGUACAGUCUCUUUAAAUUUGACUGAACCCAUGAAGGUGCGAUCCGUUACUUUAUCUUUUACAGGAAAGAUGAAGGUGUCUUGGUCUGAAGGUAUUGGUCAUCAUCAGCAUUAUCACCGCAAAGAGAAGGAACUCAUCACACACAACUGGCAGUUUAUCCCCAUCAUCGAUCAAGCCAACAAAAAGGCUUUUACACUGGGGGCAGGGGAGCAUAAAUGGGAUUUUGAAUUAUUACUGCCGGGAGAUUUACCGCAGUCGCUGGAAGCAGAAGGAGGUCAAGUAGUGUAUCGACUAAAGGCCGUUGUUGAGCGUACUGCAUUUUUACAGAAUAUCGUCAAGAAGAAUGUACUUCGAAUUGUGCGUUGUAUGCUUCCUACCGAAUUCGAUCUGAUGCAAACCCUCGAGAUCCAUAACACUUGGGCCGAGAAAAUGAUGUAUGAUAUUCUUUUGCCUAGCAAAGUGUAUGCUCGUGGUCAUCUUAUUCCCUCCACAUUUCACAUUACGCCCAUCGCACCCAAGCUACAUAUAAGGACACUCACUGUUUCCUUGAAAGAAUAUUGUACCUACACAGCAAACGAUUGCUCUAAGACAGAUACCCGAAUCGUCAAGACGCAACGUGAAGAAAAUCCGUUUCUGACACAACCGGGAGAUGCCACCAACGACUCUAUCUUUUGGUCCAAGACCAUUUCGCUAGAUAUCCCUCCUAUGUCGUCCCAAAUGGCCUUUUGCGACGCAGAUAACGAAAUGAUCCGCAUUCGCCACAAGCUAAAAUUUGUUAUGUGUCUGGUCAACGCCGAUGGACAUCUGUCAGAACUUCGCUGCUCUGUACCCGUCAUCAUCAUCUCUUCUAUAUCCGAACAGACCGAAAUCAAUAACUUACCAGCCUAUGAGCAGGCUUGGCGAUCGGUUCUCUGUCUUGAAUCAGGCCCUUCCACUCCCAUCUCGGAGGGUGCAAUCACACCACCUAUUGCUCAUACUUCUCCUAUGCCCAUGAACACUCCUAAUACCACGAGCCAUGACGUGGAUGAAAUUCCUCUAGAAUCACCUAGUGGUGAACCAUUGUGGUGGAACGGCUCAAACCUUUCAAGAGUGCCGUCUUAUCGCACAGCUGCACAACAGGAACCUGUGUCCUUAUCUACUUCUUUGCCUUCAUAUGACCAAUUGGCUGGUUCGCCAAGGCAUGCCGCCAUGUUUGGUCAACUCACCAUGUCUUCUGGAUCACCUCGUUAGAAUUACUUUCAUUAUAUAUACAUAUCGUACAAUACACACACUCUCUUUAGCAUCUUUCUUUUCUUCAAAUAUUACAUUACCAACAGAGUCUUUUUUUUUUUAAUAACUCAUAAUAAAAACUUUACAUCAGGUUAUAUUCCUGAUAAAUUUCUCAAGAA